AUGUCUAGCACCAGUCAAAUACAAAUGAAUCUUUCACAGAAACUCAAAACUUUAGCACUUAUAACCAAAGAUGAAAAGUUUUAUGAAUCUCUCGACAAGCUUGAGACCUUACCACGUGUCGAAAAAGAAAAAAAAUUUAGAGAACUUUUAAAGAAAAUAGAUAUUUCUGAAUUCGGUUUAAAUCGUGUAUGCCUUACUUCCAAUAGCGAAGAUUUAAUGGUAUACCAGAUGUAUGAGAAUCGCAGAAUGUCAAUAAUGAAACGAAUUUUUUCAUUUGCAAAACAACAUGAACUUGAGCACGUUCCCUUUGAGUUGAUGAGUAUUCCCAACAAUAAUAUUAUUGGAUCCGGCAUAGAUGGUAAACAACUCGAACAAGUUAUAUGUGCAAAUAUCCAUGUCGACAAACGUUCCUUCUGUAGGAACAUCGGUAAUAAGCUUUGUAGUAAUUGUCGAGUUAUCUUUUAUUGCAGCAAAGAGUGUCAAAAGAUGCAUUGGAAGGUUCAUAAAAAUAUUUGUAAAGCUGAUAUCGCAUCAAAAGAUUGGCAACCUGAUUAUGACAAGGAAAAGAGAAUGCCAUCAUUUCUUUUAGAAAGUCCUUCUACACCUUCAGUUAACCAUUCAAAAAAAGUCAAAUCUUUAUGGGGAAACAUGCCCGCAAUUGAUAUUGCUAAAAUAGCUUUUAAUGAACUUGCAAACGGAAAAUCAAGCUUUAAUAAGCCCAUUAAUCUUUUCUUUGCUGCAAGUGGAGAUCUCAAUGAUAUUAUUAUGUCCGUAAAUGGAUUGCCACUCGAUUUCAAUAAUCCAAUUAAUAUUUGUGUUAAUGAUUGCGAUGAAAUGAUUGUG